UUGCAAUAAAGCUCUUAUUCCUCCUCAGAAAGUCUUCUACUUCCUUAGGCAGCGACAAAACAAAGCAUAGAUUCCUAACCUCCCUCCCCUGCAAAUCCCAUAAGUUCUUCUUUUUUUUUUUGUCGGCUUCUGAAUCGAAAGCAGACAUAGUGCAUAGUUUCACUCUCACUACUCUCUACUUAAAUCUCUCUUUUGCCCUUUGUUUUCCACUAUAUUUACUGUGCGUUGAAGAACAAAGGAAGAGUAGAUGUUGUUAUGGGCAGCCUCUUCUCAUUUUUCAAAAACAAGCAGACCAACAGCCGUGUAGUUUCAAGAAGUAUCUCCGGUAGCACCGCCGGCAGAAAUCGCAGCGUAACUGGAAGAACGCCGCCGUAUGAUCCAACGAUGUUCAAACAAAGGAGCACAAAUGAUCCAGGUGGCAGCAAAACAAAAAGCGGUACAGAGAAGCAGCUCUCCACCCAGAAGAAGGAGAAGUACGCUUAUAUUCCUGAUAACUUCACAUCCAUUGAACAGAACAAAGGAAGAGUAGAUGUUGUUAUGGGCAGCCUCUUUUCAUUUUUCAAAAACAAGCAGACCAACAGCCGUGGAGUUUCAAGAAGUAUCUCCGGUAGCACCGCCGGCAGAAAUCGCAGCGUAACUGGAAGAACGCCGCCGUAUGAUCCAACGAUGUUCAAAAAAUGGAGCACAAAUGAUACAGGUGGCAGCAAAACAAAGAGCGGUACAGAGAAGCAGCUCUCCACCCAGAAGAAGGAGAAGUACGCUUAUAUUCCUGAUAACUUCACAUCCAUUGAACAGGUUACAGAUGCCUUGAGAAAAGAAGGUUUAGAGUCAUCUAAUCUCAUUGUCGGAAUCGACUUCACCAAGAGCAACGAAUGGACAGGCAAAGCUUCAUUCAGAAACAGGAGCCUGCACGCCAUUGGCGAUGAACCUAAUCCAUACGAGAAAGCAAUCUCCAUUGUCGGAAAAACUCUAGCUCCAUUUGAUGAAGACAACCUAAUUCCUUGUUUCGGCUUUGGUGAUGCUACCACUCAUGGCGAAGGGGUGUUCAGCUUUCACACCGAUCAUUCGCCCUGCCAUGGUUUCGAGGAAGUUUUGGCCUGCUACAAAAGAAUAGUUCCAAAUUUGCAACUUUCAGGGCCAACUUCUUAUGGACCUGUAAUUGAAGCUGCAAUGGAUAUUGUGGAGAAAAGUGGGGGGCAAUACCAUGUCUUAGUUAUCAUUGCAGAUGGCCAGGUCACGAGAAGUAUCAAUACAAGCAACAACGAAUUGAGUCCACAGGAGGAGAAGACGAUCAAAUCAAUUGCAGAUGCAAGUUUCUAUCCACUCUCGAUUAUUCUUGUUGGAGUCGGCGAUGGUCCCUGGGAAGACAUGAGGAAGUUCGAUGACAAGAUCCCUUCACGCGAUUUUGAUAAUUUUCAGUUUGUUAACUUCACCGAAAUUAUGUCUAAACGCGCAACUUCCACUGAGAAAGAAGCUGCAUUUGCUCUGGCUGCCCUCAUGGAAAUCCCAAUCCAGUAUAAGGCAGCUGUUGAACUCAGUUUACUUGGACGCACGGCAGGGCACGGGAACAGAAUCGUUCCACGCCCUCCACCAGUUCCUUACUCUCCUCGUGCACCGCCAACUCGUGAACCAAGCGGUCUUUCAGCACCUGGGGGUGAUGAACGAAGCGAGCUGGUCUGUCCAAUCUGCCUAACUAAUCCAAAGGACCUAGCCUUUGGCUGUGGACAUAUGUCCUGCAGAGACUGUGGACCAAGAUUGUCUGCCUGUCCAAUUUGCCGCCAGCCAAUCCGCAGUCGUCUCAGGGUUUUUUCUGGAUAACCGCACAAAAGGAUUCGUUCGUUGUUUAUCAGAUUGUGUAUAUGUAGCUUUUAGAGAUUGUCUGCCUUCCGUCAGUGACACCGGGGUGUUGAAUUGCGCCAGAUCGCAGUCCUGCUUUCUAACUCUAAUGUGUAAUGCUGCUUUACUUUUAAUCAUCUGUAAGAUGUUUGGUUUGCUUAAAAUCAUCAGAACUCGUGAGUUGUGCUUCUUCUGUCAA